AUGGGUAGACCAAUACACCAAAUGGAUGUGAGAAGCGCCUUUUUGUAUGGAGAUAUAGAAGAACAGAAAACUCAAGAGAGACGAUGUUUUCAUAACUACGAAAUUGCCAUUUCACGGCAACUAUCCCGAAGGAAAUUUCUUAAGGAGUCCCUGGCGGCCCCACAAAUGAAUUAUGUUGACCUAUAUUUAGUCCAUUCCCCGAUUCGAAUGAGAGGCAGGUUUGGGGGCGUAGACGGAUUGUCUAUGCAUCAUGUAGGCGUUUGGCGCGAAAUGGAGAAACAGGUGAAGGCGGGUCGCGCCAAAACGAUUGGCGUCUCUAAUUUCAAUCAAAGACAAGUAGAGAGACUUCUUAAAGAGGCAGAAAUUAAACCAGUCUGCAACCAAAUCGAAUUAAAUGUACCUCAAACGCAAUUAAUGGAAUUCCUACAAGCGAAUGGAAUCGUUGUAGUUUCGUUUCAUUCUUUAGGAAGCUCUAGACCGAUAGAACGACGAGACAAGAUUGGCUUACCUCAAACAGCUGCAAGAUCAUCCGGAAUAUCCUCACCCUGUACGAGACGACUAAAAUGGCUUUAUUUGUGUAAUAUGCCAAAUAAAAAAUAUAUAAAUGUAUAAUCUUUUACGACUUUCGCA